CUCUUCAACUAACCAUGGCGGUGCUCCUCAGUCUCUCUGUUUAAUUAGAGCUUCGACGGCGGGGUCGUAGUCGUGGUCGUCAUUCUGGGCUUGCUUCCACUGCACUUGCAGAAGCUGACCCAAAGAAUUUGAGCACGGUGGAGUAAAUUGCAGAGGUGUUGCAUUUGUAAAAAGUGUACUCAGUUUGCUCAGCUCGUUGAUAAUUUAUUCAUACCCAACUGGUAUGAAGGUAGAUUUAUCUUUGUAAGGACCAAGGAUGAUUUUUACAUCCCAAAGGCGCUUCUGCUCAUCCUUGCCUUGUUUCCAGUUAUUCUCCUCUCUUGUUCGUUUCCCUUCAGUUCAAAUCCAUCGCUCCUGCUCUUCAUUCCCCACACUUAAUGACCCAAAUGGCGACACAAAGGACGCUAAUGAUGCUGACUUGAUAUCGAAAAUCCUUGUCCACCACCAUAAUCCCUUCCACGCCAUGGAGUCCUCUCUCCAACUCCACGGUAUUACUCUCUCCUCCCAACUUGUCCACCACACCCUCCUCCGCCUCACCAAUAAUUCCAAAAUUGCUCUUGCCUUCUUCCACUAUGCCAAGUCCCUUCCCAACCCUCCUCUCACCACGGCCUCCUUCAACCUGCUCAUCAACAUCCUUGCCAAGGUCCGUCAGUAUGACGUUGCUUGGCAGCUCAUUGUUGAAAUGGACAACUUCAACCUCACUCCCACCGCUGCCACAUUUCUUACCCUCAUUCGUCGCUUGAUCUCCUCUGGCCUCACCCGCCAAGCCGUUCGGGCCUUUGACGACAUCGAGACCUUUGUCCAAACCAAGCCCAGUUGCCAAGAUUUUUGCUUUUUGCUUGAUACCCUUUGCAAAUACGGUCAUGUUAAGGUUGCAACUGAAGUUUUUAACAAAAGGAAGCACGAGUUUGUCCCCGAUGUGAAAAUGUACACUGUUUUGAUCUAUGGGUGGUGUAAGAUUGGUCGUUUCGAUAUGGCAGAGAGAUUCUUGAGUGAUAUGAUUGAGCGCGGUAUUGAGCCCAAUGUCGUUACAUAUAAUGUCUUCUUGAAUGGUAUUUGUAGGCGUGCAAGUUUGCACCCUCAGGAAAGGUUUGAGAAGACGAUAAGGAACGCAGAGAAGGUGUUUGAGGAAAUGCAGGAAGAGGGGAUAGAGCCCGAUGUCACUAGUUUUUCGAUUGUGCUUCAUGUUUAUAGCCGGGCACAUAAGCCUGAGUUGUCGCUUGAUAAGCUCAAACUGAUGAGGGAGAGAGGGAUAUUCCCCACAGUGGAAACUUACACUUCGGUUGUAAAGUGUCUUUGCUCGUGCGGGAGACUUGAGGAUGCAGAGGAGCUGCUUGGUGAAAUGGUGAGAAGUGGGGUUAGUCCAUGUGCAGCUACGUAUAAUUGUUUCUUCAAAGAGUACAGGGGGAGAAAGAACAGGGAAGGUGCUCUGAAGUUGUACAGGAAAAUGAAGGAGGAUGGUUUGUGUGUGCCCAGUAUGCACACCUAUAACAUAUUGGUGGGAAUGCUUUUGGAAUUGAAUCGAAUGGAGAUUGUGAAAGAAAUAUGGAAUGAUAUGAAAGAGAGUGGAGUGGGACCGGAUUUGGAUUCGUAUACCAUGUUGAUUCAUGGGUUAUGUGCAAAACAGAAGUGGAGGGAGGCUUGUCAGUUCUUUGUAGAGAUGAUAGAGAAGGGUCUUCUUCCUCAGAAGAUUACUUUUGAGACACUCUACAAAGGGUUGAUACAAUCUGAUAUGUUGAGAACUUGGCGAAGAUUGAAGAAGAAACUCGAUGAAGAGUCUAUUUCGUUUGGGUCAGAGUUCCAAAAGUAUCACCUUAAGCCAUUUAGGAGAUGAUAUUCCAUCGGCAGGCAACUGUAGGAUGCAUGCUGUGAGCAAUUGCAUUUUGUUUUCAAGAGAUAUUGCUGUGCCUUUGGCAGAGUCACAUUCAACCUCAAUCGUUUCGUG